AUGACAGCCACAGCAGCCUCAAUUUCGGAGAUUCUCGCAGAUGUCCCCUCUCAGUUUCGAGGCCCAGGUGGUGCAGUCGCCGUGCUGAAGGAUGGCGAACUGGUUGGCCAGCAGCUUUGGGGGUACGGCGAUCUACACAGUCGAGUAGCUAUGGCCGCUGAUAUGGUUGUACCGAUCUGCUCCAUCUCGAAGCAGAUGGUGUGUGGAUUGUUGACGGACCUGGAACGCAACCCAACACCAGCCAUGAAAGCGCGCGGUGACGAACCCGCCAAGCAGCUAUCAGACCAGCUCGAGAAACUGCUGAAUCCAAACCUGCUCAAAGACAGAGGCCUGACGCUUCGCCAUCUUGCCAACAAUCAGUCAGGCAUACGCGACUACUGGGCCUUGACUGUGCUAUGGGGUGCGAAGCCCGAGGGCCACUUCUCGAUCGCCGACGACGGACCGCAGAUGCUGGCGCGGAUGAAGUCUUUCCAUUUCAAACCUGGCACCGAGUACUCGUACGCCAAUACCAAUUUCUUCAUCAUCGGCGGCUGCAUCGAGCAGGUCACGGGCCAGCCGCUGGGAGAGCUGCUCUCGGAGCGGAUAUUCGCGCCCGCGGGCAUGAAGACAGCGAGGCUGUGCGCACACGCUGCGGAGCACCCGCCGCCGUGCGUUGGCUACGAGGGAAACGAGGCGCUCGGCUUCUAUCCAGGCGUCAACUGCAUCGAAUGGGCUGCCGAUGCCGGCAUCGUGGCUUCCCUGACCGACAUGAUCGCCUAUGAGAAGUUUGUGGACCGCAGCUCCCACGGCGAUCUGCAGAGCUGGUAUACCGUCAACUCCGAGCAGCAGAAAUACAAUGACGGCUCGCCUGCGGAGUACGGCUUUGGUCUGGGCCGCAGCCUCGUCGGCGGCGUCUUGAAUAUUGGGCACGGGGGCGCCAUCCGCGGGUAUCGGUUGAACCGCUCCUACUGCCCCGAGCGACGGAUAUCCAUCAUGGUCUUGCUGAACCAAGAGCAUGGCGAUCCAGUGGGCCUUAGCGACUACAUCUUGAAGCGAAUGCUGGGUGUGACCGAGGCCAAACAUGAGAUUGUCAGCGCCGGCCCAGAUUGGCCUGGAACCUAUCUGGAUCCGGACACUGGACUGGCGAUCGUCGUGAGCAAAGCCAGCGCCCCGGGGCAGCUCUCCUUCACGUACCACCUCAAGCCCGAAAAGGUGCGCGUGAUCGAGGCGUACAAGGCCCGGUCGGACGGCAUAGUGGCCAAUCUCGACGGAGAUUCUCUGCACGUCCAUCUUCCUCACGACAACAGGACUCUUCAUGCCAAGCGUGUCGCCAACAAAAAGCCGGCUGCUGACUACUCUGAGUUGCAGGGUGAUUAUCGCUGCGAUGAGAUAGACUCCGUCUUUCACUGCAGCGGCGCAGGUGACAUGCUGUACGGCAUGUUCGACGGUUUUCUGGGCCAGGGUCCUGUACACUUGAUGCGCUCGCUUGGAGAAGAUGUAUGGGCUCUUGCGUGCCCUAGGGCAAUGGACUCGACGCCCCCAGGUGAUUGGACGGUUAUCGUCCGUAGGGGUGAUGAUGGAAAGCUCACCGGACUGACUAUCGGUUGUUGGCUGGCUCGGAACCUGGAGUUCACCAAGCAGUGA